GUUUAUGUCAACCAAACUGUCCUAAAGUGAAGAAGAAGAAUUUUCAUCGGUCCAAAACUUCAGUGUAAAUUUUGCAAAAAUGCGUGAUAAUUUAAACCUCUUCACUUUGCAAGAGAGAAUAUUUCUUGUUAAAACGUUCUAUAAGAACGAUUGUAAUAUUAGUGAUGUGCAAAAUCACUAUUUGUCGGAAUACGGGGAAUUAUUUGAUGAUGUACCUACCGACUCCAUUAUUUUUGAGGUUAUAAAUUUGUUUGAAGAAACAGGGAACAUCAAGGAAAUUCCAGAAUAUCUCUACAGAGAUGAAAAGCCGAAUAUCGAAGUUCUUAUUCAGAGCACGAUUUCUGUGCCUGACAAACUAUUUGUUGUUGAAGUAAAUACUCCCGCUGAGGUUCUUCAAAGUUCACAAGAUAAUAAAUUCUGUAUCCAGAAAGUUUCUGAAAAAAUCCCUAUAAAUAAUCAAGAGGAUAACUCAAAGUUUCACGAGAGAACUACAACGGGAAAACAGGGAACACAAGAUGAAGCAACAAGUGUCAGUCAUGAGGAAAUUCAUAUUAAGACAGAACCCGAACUACUUUUAUCGGAUAAAGAGGAAGAGAACGAAGAUAAGGAUAUAGCAAUGACGGUGGCAGCCAAAAUCCCGAACAUGUUUAUGUGUGACAUCUGCAGUAAAAGAUUUAAUUCCAAACGGGGAAUGCAGCUUCAUAUGGUGCGACAUAUUAAAAAGGAAGCAAUAUCUUGCCAAUAUUGCCAGGAAAAGGUUUCUUCCAAGUAUCAGCUGAAGAAGCAUAUAAAAGACAAGCAUAGAAAUGAUACAGUUAAAAAGAAAAAGUACGAAACAUCAUGCAAUAUCUGCAUGAAAGUCUUCUCGUUACCGCAUUACCUUCAGCGGCAUAUGUUGAGACAUUCGGAUAAAAAGGAAAUAAUCUGCGAGAUAUGUGGAAAACCUUUUAAAAACAUACAAACGCUAUUUAACCAUAAGAAACUUCAUACGGGUGAAAAACCAUUCAAGUGUGAUUUUCCAAAUUGUGGAAGGACCUUUAGAGACAGCAGUUCUAUUACAGUUCACAAAAGAUGCCACUUAGAUGAAAGACCUUUCCCUUGCAACUACUGCGGCAAGUGUUUUAGAGAUAAAGGAACGCUUAGAAUUCACUAUCGACAACAUACCGGAGAAAAUCCUUACAAAUGCGAAUUGUGUGGAAAGGAAACCAAGCAGAAACAAAAUCUCAAGAGUCAUAUGAUGCAUUUUCAUCGCAUUAAAUACACUAAAGAUGUUUAAGUCUGAAGAUAUACUUUUGAUGUGAAUUAAGUAAUACUAUUUGAAAAUGAAAGUAAA